UGCCCGUGCUGCCUGGCUGCUGCUAAGGCUGCCUGCUGCUGGCUCAGGGCUUUUAGUUAGCGCAGGACUAGCGCCGCGAGAGCACGUGUCCGUGGGAGGAAGGCAGUCUGAUCGCGCGUGACCCCUUCGCAACGUGUUAUACUGUUUACGGUCCUCCGCGGCGUAUGGACGCUAAACUUCUGUGAUUUUCUUCAAAGCUGCUCUUCUUGUUUUAGACGCGUGUUGAUUGGUUUGCGUGCAUCAUCCUGGCGUUGCAGAUACUGUGAAUUUUAUGAGUGAAAAGACUUCAGACGAAGCUGUGAAUAUUUGGAAUUCUGAGGGACUGGAAUUUAUCGAAUUUGCAAAGAGGAGAGUUCGUGCGUAUGACUAUAAAUUUAAAAUGAGGGUUUUGCUAAAUUUUAAUUACGUAUAACAUUCAAGUGGACUACCACGUCAUUUUGAGAAGGGUUUAUCAUGAAAAGAGUAGCACAGAGAUAUUUGUUACAUAAAAAAAGGCUGAAAAUAUAAGUAAGACAAUUGUUGACAUUUGAAACAACUUCAAAAAGUUACGUGAAAAAGAGGGGAAAAAGAGAGAUACGCGAAAACAAAACGGCAAUAUUUUCAUUCGGGAGACAUUUUUUGACGUUUGCAAUUUGCAACAGUCCUCAAAAUUUAGCCCCAUCCCCUUAAAUAAGAGAGAGGAACAGAAGAUAUUGCAAUACUCAUUCAGCCGUCUCAAAAAUUACGUAAUAAAAGAGGACACUGAAAAAAAAUAAUAUUCUUUAAAAAAAAAUCGAGCCAAAGUAGGAUCCAACUCUUCUCAUUUCCCCUCAGCGACCGAGGGAAGAAGGAAUGACAGAUUAGAGGGGAGGGCAAAAUACCCCUCUCACGAUCUUCCCCCACUCCUCCACCCUCUCCCUCUCUCUCUCCCUCUUCGCCGAAAUUGGAAUCUCGUAGGACUCGCCAAAUCAUAAAGGAACCGCUUCCAGUCCACGAUGGGACCCAUGGGUGAGGCCUCCCCCCUCCCUCCAGGCCAGAGAUGGCACAGGGACAUUUAUCUGUCAGUCUUCGUCUUGGCGGUGGCCCUGUUCCGCACAGGUUCCAGCGUAUGUUACUUCAGCCUGGAAUACCAGGGCGUCUACGUCACUCAGAGCAUCAUCAGCGGUGGCUCAGACAUCCAGUACCUGGAAGUAGUGAUCCAAGACGAUUCCAUCCCAGUAUGGGGGAAUUGUCACAAGAGACUGGGGAAUAACGUCAUCCUGUAUGAUACGACGGGGGGUACGGACUGCGUGCGCUGUUUCCACCUCCAAUUCCGUUCGAAGCACAUCCUGGAGGUACACAACGAGGGCCUCAACAAGUGUUACACCAACGAGGACGCGGCCAUCCACACCUGUCCCACCAUCGACGACAUACGGAACAGACAGACCAGGGAGAUCAUGCUCUAUAAAACGUCGGUCCAGGGACGUUCCCUCGACCCGGUGUACUGCCCCGUGGAUGGGCAAUACCACAUCACCUACAAUAUCAAUGACGGGCGUGAGAGUGCCACGGAGUGCCCGGAACCCUCUUCUACCCUCGCCAACUGCCCCAAGGGAAAUACCUUCACCAUGAACUUCCAUCGUUGCAGAUUUGGGGACUUCUCCAAAAGCUACGAGUGCCUUGGCGACUGGGAGGGAACCGACGGCCAGAGGUACCUGGCUCUCCACGACCCCACGGCCUUGGCAGCCACCGAUGCUGACCCACCGCCGCCGAGAUUUCGAUGCGCCAUGUACAAGGUAGAGGAAAACACCGGCCGAGUCUACCUGGCGCUGUCCUACGAUUCCACGUGCAUCAACAAGCUACACUCCGCCUGGGAAGGUUAUGAGACCCUGGUCCUCACCCCUACGCCCCCUAAGGCACCUGUUGACCAGGUCAACGCUGCCAGCUGCAAUUUCCCCGACUGGUCCCAGGGUCAGUGGGAGAACCUCCACGUUGAGGGGAACAAGCUGACAUACACAGACCUCAAGAGUUACAAGACCUACAGGGUCUAUUGCCUGGAGAAAGAUCUGGCUGGGUUGGUGCCUGUUUACACGCAGACGCAAUGCGGAGAGGAAUCUUUCACCUGCCUAGCGAUGAGGGAAAGAAGUUCCAACGUGAUGGAAUUCCAGAUAAGUCCCAACGAAAAGACGACCUACGAGACCGGCCUUUGUUCUUCCCCUGCUUCUCUCAGCUGGGACUCGUGGGUCACCCAAGGACGAGUGGACCGCUUCAAGCAGUCGCCGUGUCCGGUCGCGGGCGAAUACAAUGGCGUCAUACCGGACGCUCCUGUGCUCUGUGCUAAAUUGUACUCGGAUUGCAAUAAUCCGGAGAUCAUGUUUUAUACAGUUUACUCCUGCUAUAAUAGAUCUGAGGUCAUUGAAGAACGUGAAUACCGAUGUUUGGGCCAGUGGUUUGAAGAGUCUGUAACGUACACCUACACAGAGAGAAGAGACCAGUCAGGAUAUGAAUGUUUUGCUGGUGUCGUGGUAGGAGAUGACGAAAUCUACAUCAUGGAGGCUGGUGUCAACUGCAAAAGGGGCCUGGAGGUGCUUUCUUAUGGGAUGAAGCUCAUCAAACAAGCUCCCUGUCUGAACGACCCAGCCAUUGCCCAUCGACCAGAAUCCCCGUCACCUGCCCAGCCUCCUUGGUGGAACACCCCUGAGAAUCCAUGGAUCAAGAAGGCCUCCUCCACCACUUCGAAGCCCGACAAGAAAGGUGACGACACAAAGGGCGGUUCGUCCAGGCACAUUCCCUUCGAAACGGCAUUGACGGCAACGUUGGUGUUGCUCUCCUUGGCUUUGCAGAGGCUUUGGUUGUAAGGGCGAGAACGGGCGGGGGCGUCUUGGUUCUUUCUAGAAGGCAAACCACCGAGAUGCUCAGCUUGCUCUGGAAGACCGGAUACUCAGCUCGUUCUGAAAGACCAGGUUGUGGUCGAAGGUCAGCAUAUUCUGGGAGACCAGGCUGUGCUUGAAGAACAGGCUGUUCUGGAAGACCAAGCUCCAGCAUGGUCUAGAAGACCAGAAUGACCUGAUAAAAAACAGGCAGUUCUGGAAGACCAGUUGGCUCUUAAAGACUAGACAUUGCUAGAAGAACAGGCUGUUCUGGAAGUCCAGGCUGCUCUGAGAGACCAGGCUGUGCUAGAAGAACAGACUGUUCUGGAAGACCAAGCUACUCUGGAAGACCAGACUGCAAUGGAAGAACAGACUGUUCUGGAAAACCAAGCUGCUCUGGAAGACCAGGCUGUGUCUGCCCUGGCAAUGCUCAAAAGCUACGCUCUGGUUGGCUGUGAUUCCAAGCAGUGAGUGAGGGGAUUGGCUGAUUCAGUGUGUGUCUGACUGAAUGGCGUAAGGAAUGUCAAAUUGUUAUUACUCGUGAAUGAUAGAGCUGCUUGUACCUUUUUUUUCAGCUGAAUUUCCCUCGAAACUGCUGAGCCAGAGUGGAGCUUUGCAUAUUUUCUCAAGUCCUAGGUCCCAAAGACCCACAUGUGAUUUUAGCAGAGGCUGUACAGUGACCAUUUUUUAACCAAAUCUUUUGUACAGGUGUAUCUGAGUGUAGUGUGUCUUACUGGUAAUUAUAACCACAGUGGUAGCAACAACCGGGUUGUACACAGCACUUGUGUAGCUGUCCAUUAUUUGUUAAACUUUAUACCAACAUACUCCAUUCUCUCCCUUUCUCGCACAUUUGUGGAAGGGACAUUGCGAAACGAAUAUAUUAUUUUGGUUAACUUCGCUUCAUCUAGAGGGUAUUAGGGUGUACACACUGCACAGCUGGCUUGUCCUUUCAUUGAUGUAUGUAAUCCCAACAGCACCAAAUACGAAUCCGUUGAUAUAGUUCUAUAAGAGAUGUGUAUAUUGCGAUUUCCGUCGGUUUUGUUGACGGCAGCAAGGGCCUAACUCAAAGUGGCUUCUGAACCCAAAUCACGUUUCUGUUUAGGUGGCAAAACAUGGGGGGCAGAUAAGAUUAUAUAGGCCUUAUGAUACGAAACUAGAAAACAAACUUAGCGUUUUAUCAGGGCGAAAAAGAGAGAAUAACGACGUGUAAUCUUCAACAAAAUCCGAUUAUUAUACUGAAAUGAACUUCAAAGUUAACAUGGCCAAAAAGCUUUUAAUCUCCCAAGUUUUAGCAGUGUUCGGUUCUUUGGGCUUAAAUUCCCUUGAUCCUCUAUCUCUGGAGUCUGAUGGGAGUGGCACUGGGCCACAUCGACGCCCGUAAAGCCAAGAGAGAGAGAGAGAGAGAGAGAGAGAGAGAGAGAGAGAGCUCUUCCGGUUCAUUUAUUCUUUAUUGAUGGGGCUUCCAGUAUUUCGUAUAUUGUUGUGCACAGAGAAGUUCUAUUGUUUUUGUAAUGCAUGGAUUUCGUCUUUUCUUUGACUUGGAGAAAAUUUAUUGUACUACAAAGUUUGUUGAACGUUAAAAUGAACAGAUAUAUAUUAGAAAUUUUGUAUUACUCUAUAUAUGAAAUCAAAUAUAUUAACUAACAAAUAAUCGAAGCAAUAGAAGUAUACACUUGAAUGCAGGUAAAAAAGCAAAAUAAAAAAAAUUCAUAUCAUACAUAAAUAUGAAUAUUCGCUUGAUCUGCGUAUGAUUCAUGAUUAGGAAAUGAAUCAUUCAGCUAAUUUGCAUAUCGGACAUGUCAAAAGGACCCUAUACAAUACCUGAGGUAGAAUCUCUUCUUUAGUCCAGAGAGAAUUUCCUGAAUUACGUCAGAUAGUUUGUUGAUAUUUUUGUCAAUUUCCUGUAGUCAGUACUUUGAGCACCGUUGGCAAUCCACCUUCGGCUAUUGAAGAUCCAUUUGAAUUGGGAACUGUUUGAUAUCAGCCAUCUGCUGUAGUAUAUGACUGUAUGCUUACAUGUGUCAUCCACUUGUUAACAUUCGUUUUGAUGCAUAAAACUGAUACCUUUUCCUUUAAAUUGGCUAUAAAAUGAUGGUCAUUUAUUUUGUCAGUAGUCAUUUGCUAAGCUUUUUCUGCCUACUCGUAGAAACUGGAAAAUUCAGCCCAUUUAUGUUAUAUCAACCUAGAAAUCCAUCCUCGCUAUAAAAUGUUGAUCAGUUAUUUUGUCAGUGGACGACCAUCGCCAACCUUUUGCUGCCUAUUCGUAGAACUUAGAAAACUCAAUCAAAAAGUCAUCCCCGCAAUAAAAUGUUUAUCAGUUAUUUUGCUAGUGGACCAUUCGCCAACCUUUGUCUGCCUACUCGUAGAACUUGGAAAGUUCAGUCUAUAUAUGUUAUUCAUUUCCACUCGGAAAGCCAUUCCGCAGAAUGUGGCCCUUGCUGCCUUGUGAAUGAGUCUGUCGACGUCUGAUGUAGUUUAUAAGGUAAACGCGAAUUUUUUAUACGUACGUUAUGUGUGAAUCAGACCAGCCCUGGCGAAUCUGAUUUCUUACAAAAAGGAAGCUUCUUUGAUCUCCUGAUUUUGAUAGAGGUCUAGAAUUAUUAUUAUUAAUUAUUAUUAUUAGUGAUAGGAGACACUCUAGUCUGUCGGAAAUUACGUAAGAGUCUUUUUAUUUGAUAUAAUUAUAGCACAAAUGAGGUUAGAUUUCCUCAUUUUUUUUUUCUGCUCAAACCUUGUUGUCGAGACCAAAGUUUAUGAUUCCUGUUUCAUUUUCCGAGAGUUCUCUGUCCUGUGGUCGUGGUAGGGGACUUUUUUUUUCAUAUAUUUAGUAAGUUUUUUUUUAAUACUAUAGAUUGAUUGCUUAUGGGAGCGUUGACUUAAGCCUUGGCAAAUGCUCUCA